CAUUGCUCCAAGAUGGCGGCGGCGGCGGCGGCGGCAGAGCAGCUCAGUCGGGCUGGAACCACCCUCCUGGAGCUCCCCCAGCCUGCAACCUAGGAGGAUGCCCUGGAUGCCCAGCUAAGGGCCUAACUUCGGCCCCAUGCGGCUCACCCGCUGUCAGGCUGCGCUGGCAGCCGCCAUCACCCUCAACCUCCUGGUUCUCUUCUACUUCUCGUGGCUGCAGCACCAGCCCAGGAACUCCCGGGCCCGGGGGCCCCGCCGUGCAUCUGCCACCGGCCCACGCGUCACCAUCUUGGUGCGGGAGUUUGAGGCCUUUGACAACGCGGUGCCGGAGCUGGUGGACUCUUUCCUACAGCAGGACCCAGCCCAGCCCGUGGUGGUGGCGGCAGACACGCUCCCCUACCCACCCCUGGCCCUGCCCCGUAUCCCCAACGUUUGCCUGGCACUGCUGCAGCCUGCCCUUGACCGGCCUGCUUCGGCCUCGCGCCCAGAGACCUACGUGGCCACCGAGUUUGUGGCCCUGGUGCCUGAUGGGGCACGGGCCGAGUCACCAGGCCAGCUGGAGCGCAUGGUGGAAGCCCUCAAGGGGGGAAGUGCCCGCCUGGUAGCGGCCCCUGUCUCCACAACCAAUCCAGCCCGGUGUCUAACCCUGAAUGUCAGCUUGAGAGAGUGGACUGCCCGCUAUGGCCCUGCAGCCACUGCUCCCCGUUGUGACGCCCUGGAUGGGGACGCUGUGGUGCUCCUGCGUGCCCGGGACCUGUUCAACCUCUCGGCGCCCCUGGCGCGGCCUGUGGGCACCAGCCUCUUCCUGCAGACCUCCCUUCGAGGGUGGGCGGUGCAGCUGCUGGACCUGCCCUUCGCCGCAGCGCGCCAGCCCCCGCUGGCCACAGCACACGCGCGCUGGAAAGCGGAGCGUGAGGGGCGCGCGCGACGAGCGUCUCUGCUCCGCGCGCUCGGCAUCCGUCUGGUGAGCUGGGAGGGCGGGAGGCUCGAGUGGUUUGGCUGCAGCAAGGAGAGCACACGCUGCUUCGGGACAGUGGUGGGUGACACGCCCGCUUAUCUCUACGAGGAGCGGUGGACGCCUCCCUGCUGCCUGCGCGCACUCCGCGAGACGGCGCGCUACGUGGUGGGCGUGCUCGAGGCGGCCGGUGUGCGCUACUGGUUGGAGGGCGGCUCGCUGCUAGGCGCGGCCCGCCACGGGGACAUCAUCCCGUGGGACUACGAUGUGGACCUGGGCAUCUACUUGGAAGAUGUGGGCAACUGCGAGCAGCUGCGGGGGGCUGAGGCUGGCUCCGUGGUGGAUGAGCGCGGCUUCGUGUGGGAGAAGGCCAUAGAAGGCGACUUCUUCCGCGUGCAGUAUAGUGAGAGCAACCACCUGCAUGUAGAUCUGUGGCCCUUCUACCCCCGCAACGGGGUCAUGACCAAGGACACCUGGCUGGACCACCGGCAGGAUGUCGAGUUCCCUGAGCACUUUCUGCAGCCUCUCGUGCCCCUGCCCUUUGCCGGCUUUGUGGCGCAGGCGCCUAAUAACUACCGCCGCUUCCUGGAGCUCAAGUUCGGCCCUGGAGUCAUUGAGAACCCUGAGUACCCCAACCCCGCACUCCUGAGCUUGACAGGCGGCUGAAGCCCUGACGCCCUCACCUGGUGUCUGGGGAACAUUACGACAGAAGAGAUGUCCUUUGUUUGGGGGGGUUCUGUCUGGAUGUGGAGAAGCUUAGAUUGACAAUGAGGGGGGGCACGUUCCGGAGAAGGGACAGGUGAACUGACCGAGAAAGAAACGCGAGGAAGCGCACAAGAGAAGCCUGGCUGUGGCAGGGAGAGACCCAGGCCAAGCGCCCGAAGAAACAUCCUGUGAGCGAUGGAUAUGUGUGGGAAUAUCCCGGGCCAUUACAAUAAUUGAAGGAGCUGCUGGCAUUUGGUAGACAGGCCCAGAGAUGCCAGUCUGUCCCUCAGGGCCCGGUCCAGAGAAGUGCUUAGCCAGAGAUUCCAAGAACCCUGCGCCACGGGGCUGGGA